GUGACAAGUUGCAGUGUUCAGUCCCUCCUCCGAAGUGGUAUCAUCACGUGACUGGAUGUCAGACAAUGCGAGAAUAGUGUUUGGAUCUAUGUACAGUAACUUAGCAUUAGUAAUCCUAGUGAGCUCUGGUUGUAACGUCAGCUAAGCAAGUUGUUGAUAAUGGUUUGUACUUUGUUUCCUACUAGAGCUCGUUAUUAAGCCAUGUGUCAAGCUAACGAAGGCUAAUGAAAAGUAUCCUCAGUCUAGCUAGCUAGUCCUGGACUGUCUGAGUCUGAGACCUGUGGCAAGGUUGCUAUCAUAGCAAGCUUGGCUAAUGUCGUCGGACCGUCAUCCAAAUGGGGCUCGUGGCCUCCUCCGCGGACAACGGACGAGAUCUUAUGGAAGUAUAGUGAAUUCAUCCUUGUCACCUGUAGGCCUACGCCAAAAGCGAAUUGAGCAUCAAGUUCAACCUGGAGAAACCCUUCAAGGACUGGCUCUGAAGUAUGGCGUUUCUAUGGAACAAAUUAAAAGAGCUAACAGACUGUACACAAAUGAAUCUAUAUUCCUCAAGAAGUCUCUCUCCAUCCCUGUGCUGUCAGACCUUGAUAAGGGCCUGUUCAGCAAUGAAGAGGAGGCCUCUGAUGAGGAGAUAUGUCAAGGAGACAGCGCACCUAAAAAUGAGCCGGUUGAGAAUGGAACAGCACAGAAAGAUUCAGAGAAAGACUCUAGUGGUGCAGACCUUUCACCAAUGGAUUAUCUGAAACGGAUUGACAGUUUGAUCACCCAGUCAAAACAGGCGGCUGCAAAGACAUGCAGGGAAGAGAAAGCGUUUGCUUUGGAAGACCCACUUCACUCGAGCAGAGUGCUGAGGAGCCACGUCUCACCCUCUCGUGGCAGGGCAGCCUCCUCACAUGAGCGGCAACCUCAGGCCACCAUUGGGGCUGUUCCACUCACCAUCACCAGACGUACCAAGAAACUUCGGGAGAAGGAAGAUGAGAUCUUUCAACUUUGAUUGUUCUUGUGUUUCUUUGUGUUUGUCAUCAGGCAUUAAGGGCUUUUUUUAUCACAGUGAAAUCAUGUUGGUCACAAGUAGGCAUUCACUAUCAUAACACUACACUGGGAAAGGGGUAGGGGAGAUAUUGUGUAGCUCUUAGUUUAGGUUUUGUCUUGCACUUAGAGUUUAUAAGGGCCUCAAAAUAGCAAAAAACACAUGAAUGGUGUAUGUAGUUGGCAGUCUUUUAAGUUUAUAUUAGAUGCACAGAUAAACACAAUGCUAUCUAUAAGAAUGCAAAUUAGUUACUACCUCUGAUAUUAAGGUACUGGUAAAGAAAGAGUUAAUUUAUUAUUCAUUAUAUGAUCUAUUUAUCAUUUCCAAGGUGGUAACAGCACAAGACGUAGUAGCUUUUUUGUGUAGUUUACAAACAUUUUGUUGUUGUGGCAACAGAUAUUGGGUUAUCUUUUUUGUGAGUAAAGGAUAUUAAGCACAACAUUGUGUCACAUGCAGCUAUUAUUAAUGUGGUUUAAGAUUAGCCCAGCAAUGUUACUGCAACGAUCAUUGUUAGUUGGAGUAAAUUACCCUGUGUUUACUUGCUAGCAGAGUGAAAGUCUGGUAAAUCUGCUGACGUUACUGAGUUCCCACUUCUACUUCAUGUAUGGCAUUUAAAAAAAGACAAAUGACUUUUUGGCAAGCAACUACCAUUGUUAUUUAUAAAGAGCUGGUCACUUAACAUGUAUCUGUUAGAACAGUCGAAAUGCGUUCAAUUACUGGGUUUUGCUUUAUUUGUAUGUGUCUUUAUCUGUAACUUUAUAGGAUUGAUGUAGACAGAGGGCACAGCAGUAGCCAAACACACCACCUCAUUCUGUGUGUGUUGCUUGUACACUGGACAAGUUCUGUUGAGCUUAACACAGUUUUCCUCUCCAUAUUGCCCUCCUCUGCCAACACAAGCUCUAAAAGGGAUCACACACAUUAGAGAGGUGAUUGUUUAUGCCCCCUCAUGAAAUAAUGAAUGAUUUUCAAAAGUACCAUGACGUGGUGCAUUACUUCAGUAGCUUGAAGAAAUCCCUAACAUAUAUUGGCCCAGGGGGAGGUAUAAUGUGGACUUGUGGACUCACACUUGAUAUCCCUCUACUGGCAUUUUACUAUGUAAAGGCAGAGCCAAAUAUUUUGUAUUUGGGAAAAUGUGCACUGAAUAAACAGAGAGCUGUUUACUUGAAAA